GGAGACUACGAAGACUUCGGAGUACCUUAAGGCUAUAUUCUUUAGGCUACCAAAACCAAUCUUCAGUAGAUCUAAACGGCUUCUAUUGUAGACUUAUCCUCUUUGAUCGCUGCUUCUAAUAAUUUGAUAUUGCUAGAGCUGGUUUGGUCUGCCAAUCUCAGGCCUGUCGCAAACCCAUCACAAGCUUAGCGACGAUGCCGAGUACCCAAGACUUCGAGGCACUCCUCGUGCCCAUGCAGCUGGAUGCCUUUGUUCUCAAUAAAGCUGUAUGCGGCACUGGAGAUGAAGGCGAUACGAGUGCGCAUAUCUGUCCCAUCACGCAGCCUAACUAUACCUACUUGCGCCUGGAAAACUUCCUGAUUCAAAGCGAUAUCCAAAAUCACGCUGACUUACACAACACGGCUCCCGCUGAGGUAAAUUCGCGUAUGACGGACCUGGGCGCGCGUCCUGAACCUCAACCACUGCGCCAUCGCUACGGUGUUUACGUCCACUGGACGCUACCACGCUUCUACCGCUCGGGAGUGGCAACUAGCGAGACGGUAUCUGAGGUCUCGCGUAGACAAGAGCGAGUUCGGCACGGAUUAAAAGCGGCGCCCUCAGGGACCGAACAGCCUGGUCUUACCACGCCUGAUUUUGUUCAACCACCUACACGUUGGGUUGUGGUGCGUAAGAUCGACAUCGACAGUAUUCAACCAGAGACAGCCAAAUCGGCGUUUGCAGGUCGUGAAUAUGAGGCGUGGGUGGUGGAAAGUGACCAUCUGUGGUCCCUCGACGAAAUCCCGCUUGAUGUUGACUUGCAGACAGACGUAGCACCUUUCGUCACUGGUAAAUCGGGCUCAGACGUCAAUAUUGACGAGCAGGCUGAGGUUUUCAUCGGACGCAAAACACCGCUAGCUGAAUGGACACCUGAUGAUCCCAAUUCGAGCGUCCAGCCACCCAAUAUCAGCCUUCUACGCAGCGGCAACCAGCUUUUUGCCGAUUUUCAGAUGCACAAUUCUAACGUCUUCAGCAUUCUUGAUAAUUUCGAGUAUGCUGAUAAAGGCGGCGGGCCGCAGUAUCUAACCCAUGCUAAGGCUAGCUACUAUCUCCUGGGUUGGCAUUGGAAGGACGAUACCGACCCGCUCUGGAACUCUACGGAAUCUACUGCUCAUGGGGCAAGUUUGGAGUCCCUCUUCAUGAAAAUGAAGGGUGCCGAUGAGAAUCCGGAUGAGUGGAGUGACUGGCUAGACGAUACGAGUCAGCUGCGAGCAUUAUGCCACGGCGCUAUGUACGACGUGAUUUGGGAUGAGGAUAAGAAGCCUGCUACAACGCCGGCAGACGGGUAUAAUGCCCGCAUCAGCGACCCGACGCAAGCAGCCGUGUCAGUUGGGACUACUCCCAUGGACGCGUUGAUAUCCUAUUGCCAUGCUCGAAAGGGUGAGGGCGAUAUUGACAAGUUAGAAGAAGAUAUUCUCGCGCUCGAGUCGUUGUUGCUUUCGCGCGACGAUGGUGUCGAAUCGCAGCGCGAGGCUAAGAAUACGAUUUACAAUUGGUCCUUCAAUCGCUCACCAGGAGGAUUACACUACCACUUCUCAGGCGGGGGUAAACCCGGUGAACAGCCAGUUGAGCCUGAGCCACCGUCUGUUUUGAAGCUGUCUGAAUUAAAUCAAACACAGAGUCUAUUGGACAGCUGCAACACUACCAUGAAGCAAUACCGCUGGGACAUGUUCUCGCUGUGGUGGGGGUUUAUGAGCGACGUGGGCAACGGCGAGGGCAGCAGUAAUGAAACCGAGACUGGGGAAUACCAAAAGAAAGUGAAUGCCCUAGCAGGGGAAAUAGGGAGCCUGCAAAGUCGCAUCGAACAGUUGCAAGAAAAGAUUACAGAUUUACUAAAUCCACAGGAUGGUUCACAGAACCUACUCGAGACAGCUAAAGCGGCAAGCAAGCCUGUAUUCUAUCGUGCAAACGACCCGACGGUUCUCAUUGGCGGCAUCCCAUCGGGUUGGCCUAUUGAUUACCUGGAUAAGGUAGCUGUCCGCGCGCCGGCUCAGACUAUUCCUGCCAACGACGCUUCCAGUCUACCAGCUGCCUUGAAGGACCUAUCUGACCUUCUAAAAAAGCAGCUCCCUGAUAUCCUCAGGGCUCCUGCUAGCGCUUUAGUAACCGAGUUCUACGUCAUCCAGCAGGAUGGUAGUGGUUCUAACGAGCCACCCGAGGGCACAUUUUACCCCCAGUUUCACGAUCCCAAUACCGCGGUUUCAGAUGGGAGUUUACGCGAUCAAUGGGGAAACCGACAGCCAUGGUUCCCCCUUUACGUCGAGUGGGAGACUGAGUACACGCAUGUGCCUUUCAACUACUGGAAGCUUGACGAACACACAGCCCGUCUUUCAGUCAAUGAAAUGGUACGCUACGGUAUCACCGUUCCCUCCACGGACGGCCAGGAGCCACCGCCACUAUGGGAGGCGCUACUUGAUGAGCAGAAAAGUAAUGGUCCGGACACGCGUGUGCUGUCCGGUCGGGUACUCAUCCUACCACAGCCUGGCUUCUCGCUCGGGGCUAAGAUAGCGCAGCUCUUUGACAACACGCCGCCAGAUAUUCUGGACAAGUAUUUGUCGAAGGAGGAGCGUGACAACUUACGUGCGAACGUGUCAAAGCUGUCGUACCUGUCAAUGCCGCUCUCUGGUUUUACUAACGGCAUAGUAACACUAGCGGAGGGUAGCCACAUCAAACCUGAAAAUAAGACUAUUGAAUUGGGGGUCGAGUCAAGCAAGGCUAUUUCUGCGGCAGUUAAUGAUAAGGCAGGUUUAAGUAAAGAACACAUUGAACUGAUCAAGGGAGAGUCGGCCUCAACGCCGUACGUAGCUUUGGCCAACUUCCUCGACAGUGCAUGGUGCCCCUUUAAGCCUGUGACACACGGGCAGUUUAGAUUCCGCAAGCUCAACAUCAUCGACAAGUUUGGCCAAGCCUUAGUUCCCAUCGAUCAAAACCCUCGAGUCGAUGGCCCUCCACCCUUAUAUCCUUGUAUUAGUGAUUUCUAUGAGCCGCAAACCAUCAAGCUCGAGGGUAAGGACUACGCCAACACAGUAAUAAAGGACAGCGCUGCACAAUGCGAGUUCCUUCAGCUUCCACCACAAAUUAAUCAGAAUGCACGUCUUAACGCCAGCUUUGUCAAGCGCAUCGCCGAUGAUUCAGAUGAUGAAAAAAAGGUCUUCGGGGCUCUGAAGACACUUUCUGGCGACCCCCCUGGAUCGGCUACCUGGCGCCCGGCGUCUGAGUGGGAGAAUCCCAUCUGGGGUUGGGUUAUUACGAACUACGCCGACUACGGUAUCCAACUAUUUCUAGCAGACGGGACCUUUUACCGUGAAGUUCGCUUCGGUGGACCUCUUGGGACGUUGGACGCGCCGAAGUGGUUACCCUUUGCCCCCGAUAAGAAUACCCAGCCGACUCCCGAGACACGCCAGCUCGAUGCCCUCGUCAAAAGACUUGUCGAUCGUGACUAUCUCCAGGGCUUCUGGUCCAUGAUAACAAAGGCACAGGAGACGCUAUCGGCCGCACCUAAUGACUAUGCUCAGUUCCUCAACUCUAUUGUGGGCAAGCCGUUAGCCCUAGUCAAUACGGGCUGGUCUCUCGAGCUAGACUCGCCCCCGUUCAAGAAUCAGAGCACCAGGAGCAAGGUCAAAGUUCCAGAGCGUGACCUAACGAAGUCAACCGAUGAUAAAGAUUACUAUCAGUUCCAAGUGCGGCUAGGAGACCGCGACGCUACCUAUGACGGGCUAGUGGGAUAUUUCGAUACUACAGCCCCGGGUACCGACGAGCUCAAUCUUGACUACAUCAGGACAUUCUUCGCUCCAGAUGACAAGGAAAUUGUGCCACUAAAGCCUCUUAACACUGACGAAUACCCACUCUUCACACCCUUCUGGGAGGCCCCCUUCUCAGUCGAGCCAGCAGACUUCGAUAACCGUCGCAACGCGCGGAUGUCGGUAUUCGGUGCUAUAAUCGACCCAUUCACACCUAUACACGCGUACUCAUCCUUCCUACCGGCGUCAGAACUCCUACUGCCAUCGUGGACGUGGCAGAAGGCCAUGAACACCAUGACCGCAUUCUUCCAUGCGGGGCCCCUGACACUACCACUCAGCGACGUGCCGCCGUAUGACCCCGCCCAGGUGCUUACAACAGAUAAUGCUCGGAAAAUGCCCCAGCGUGAUUUGCCCCUACCGUCGCUUGGCGCGGGCGACUGGAGCUGGUUUGAGCCAUACGCCGUUGAUGGAGAAGGGGAUGGGGAUGCUGUAUUCAAUCCGUUUGGUAUUGAGAAGAGAGGCGAUUUGACGAAGCCCGGAUUCCAGGAUGGCCCGUAUACCGCCGUCGAGGGAUUCUUACAGUUGAGGAACCCUAUCAUGAUGCCCAAGGAGUAGAUCGAGCAAAAGUCAAGUCCGGAGAAUCAAGAUUUGCGCAGUUAGGUAUGUGUAGGUAGUUAAUGUUCUUCAGCGUUUCC